AGCAGCAGCCGGAGUGACUAGUGACAGCGCUUAGUGGAGUUACCGGAGCCUCAUACCUGCGCUGCUCUCACCUCGUGCCACUGCUGAGCCUCACAUCUCCGACCUCGUUAUUCUCAGGGGCCACAGCACCAAGCACCGCGCUCACAAGGAGAACCACAGCCUUGCAGAGCUGACCCGGGAAGCGCAGAGCCAGACACAGCGCAGAGCGCACAUUAGCGCAUGAACCAGGAGCACUUUGUAUCCGCAGGACACAGUAUCGCAGCGAGUUGAGCGCAGAGGAUUCCCAGCUGUUUGCUACACAAAUACUCACGGCUUCCCACCAUCACCCCGCGGGGAACAUACGGCUGGAGGGGCGCAGAGCUCAUGGAGAAGUCCAAGAAUUUCCGGAUUGACGCUCUUUUGGCAAUAGACCCCCCCAAGGCUCAGACCUCCCCAUUGGCUCUGGUCACCUCGUUGUCCUCCUCAUCUCUCUCCAACUCUGGCAGCCCCCCAUCCGAGCACACUGACAGCCUCAGGACUGACUCCCCCUCCCCUCCAAGGACUUGUGGACUGGUCCCCAAACCAGGUUUCCUCAACAGCCACCAGCACCCCCCUAACAUGAUGUCUUUGCACCCCCAAGUUGUUCCAGGGAUCCCCCCUCAGGCCCUGUAUGGACACCCAAUGUACAGCUACUCAGCAGCAGCGGCCCUGGGGCAGCACCCAGCUCUGUCCUACCCCUACUCCCACAUACAGGGCACCCAUCAUGCCCACCCUAUGGACCCCAUCAAGAUCAGCGCUGGCACCUUCCAACUGGACCAGUGGCUCAGAGCCUCCACUGCUGGAAUGAUGUUGCCCAAAAUGUCAGACUUUAACUCCCAGGCCCAAUCUAACUUGCUGGGAAAGUGCAGAAGACCAAGGACAGCGUUUACCAGUCAGCAGCUCUUGGAACUGGAGCACCAAUUCAAGGUGAACAAGUACCUCUCCAGGCCGAAACGCUUUGAAGUGGCCACUUCCCUGAUGUUGACUGAGACGCAGGUGAAGAUCUGGUUCCAGAACAGGCGCAUGAAGUGGAAGAGGAGUAAGAAAGCCAAGGAGCAGGCGGCGCAGGACUCAGCAGAGAAACAGCAGAGGGGAGGCAAGGGCAGCUGUGAGGAGAAGUGCUCGGAUGAGCUGCAGGGAGAGAAGAAACCCUACCAUCUACACUCCAGGGGGGAGCCAAUAAAAUGCAAUGGCCGCCUGCAGCCCAGAGACUAUACAGACAGCGAAGAGGAGGAGGAGGACAGGGAAGAGGAGGAAGAGGAAGGGCACAGAGGGGAGGGGAAGCGGUUUUACCAUCAUUCUUCUGACUGCACAUCUGAGGAGGAGGAGGAGGACAACAGUCACAAUAAGCAGAACGGCCACUGAGACACAUCAUUGUCCUCCCCCUAAAGAGAACUGUGUUACACGAGACAUGUCAUCAUUGUGUUGUGCUGGUGCGACCCUACAUGCUUGGGAGCCGACCCCAGGCACUCAAACUGGAUAAUCACUGUCCAUUCCAGCACCUCGGAGAGCUCCCUGUCCCAGCACUGCCUGUUGCCCCCUACACUGACUCUUCCCUGCAGGGGGGCACAUGUUCCCGGGCAGGGUCAUGGAAGUUACACAGACUACUGGGAGUCCCCCCACUUCGUGUUCACCAGGAAACUUGUGGACACCUGAAGGCCACACUAUAUGCUGUCUUUAUUUUUGUACAUUGUAUUUAUAAGAGAAAUAGCUCUACAUAUGCAUGAUAAAUUAUUAUUUAGCUCCCUCCAUCAUAACGAUGGGAUGUAAAAUAAAU